GAGACUUUGCGGUUGGUGCCAGGCGGGGCAGUCGGCGGGAAGGCUGCCGGGCUGGGCUCCAGCAGCUCGGCCGGUCCUUCGGAGGCGGCGUGAUUCACAAUGACCUUGUGCGGCUAUAACUUGCCGUGGCUCCUCAAGAUGUCCACCUUAGUCUUAGGGUUCGGCCUGGUUUUAUUUAUGUUCAGAAGUAUGUACCUUCAUGAAGAGUUCAGCCUCCAACCAGCGCUCCCUCAUCCCGAUCCGGUGCUCCCUCGUUCCAAUCCGGCUGCCCAGAUGCCAAAGCUUCUACCCGAGGAACGUCUCCGGUCCCUCUUUUCCUACGAUGGAAUCUGGCUGUUCCCGAAAAAUCAGUGCCAUUGUGAAACUAAAGGCCAGGGCUACAACUUUGAGGGUGCCUUCGGCCAGAAAGACCUCCCUGCAGUGAAAGCGAGGAGACAGGCGGAAUUUGAGCACUUUCAGAGGAGGGAAGGGCUGCCCCGCCCGCCGCCCCUGCUGGCUCCGCCCAACCUCCCCUUCGGGUACCCGGUCCACGGGGUGGAGGUGAUGCCCCUGCAUACAGUUCCCAUCCCAGGUCUUCAGUUUGAUGGACCCAGUGCCCCCAUCUAUAAGGUCACCCUGACAGCUUCUCUGGGGACACUCAACACCCUCGCUGACCUCCCAGACAGUGUGGUGCAGGGAAGAGGCCAGAAGCAGCUGACCAUUUCGACCAGUGACCGGAAGCUUUUGAAUUUCAUCCUCCAGCACGUGACCUACACCAGCACGGUGUACCAGCACCACAGGGUGGAUGUGGUGAGUCUGACGUCCAAGUCCUCAAUAGCCAAGUUUCCAGUGACCAUUCGCCAUCCCGUCAUACCCAAGUUAUACGACCCUGGACCAGAGAGGAAGCUCAGAGACCUGGUGACCAUUGCCACCAAAACGUUCCUCCGUCCCCACAAGCUCAUGACCAUGCUCCGGAGUGUUCGUGAGUAUUACCCAGACUUGACCGUGAUCGUGGCUGAUGACAGCAAGGAGCCUUUGAAAAUUAAUGACAGCCACGUGGAGUACUACAGCAUGCCCUUUGGGAAGGGUUGGUUUGCUGGCAGGAACCUCGCCAUAUCUCAGGUCACCACCAAAUAUGUUCUCUGGGUGGACGAUGACUUUCUCUUCACCACCAAGACCAAGAUUGAGAAGCUGGUGGAUGUUCUGGAGAAAACGGAACUGGAUGUGGUAGGCGGCAGUGUGCUUGGCAACGUGUUCCAGUUUAAGCUGCUGCUGGAGCAGAGUGAGAAUGGGGACUGUAUUCAUCGGCGGUCGGGAUCUUUCCAGCCCCUGGACGGCUUCCCCGGCUGCGUGGUGACCAGUGGCGUUGUCAACUUCUUCCUGGCCCACACGGAACGGCUGCUAAGAGUUGGCUUCGACCCCCGUCUGCAGCGAGUGGCUCAUUCAGAGUUCUUUAUUGAUGGGCUUGGGAGCCUGUUCGUGGGUUCGUGCCCAGAUGUGAUUAUAGGUCACCAGGCCCAUUCUCCAGAGGUGGACCUGGAGCUGGCUGCCCUGGAGAAGACCUACAGCAAGUACCGGGCCAAUACCAAUGCCCAGAUCCAGUUCAAGCUGGCUCUCCACUACUUCAAGAACCAUCUCCAAUGCUCCACAUAAAGGUGCCCAGGCAUCGGGAAAGCGCUAGGCUGACUGGUGUGGGCAUCUGGAACAGUGGAACCGGUGGUCAGGCUACCAAAACAUGGACUCCUAAAAAAGAGAAAUAUCAUAAUAAACCAUAUAGUGUGUUUGGCAAAUGGGAUGGGUUCAAUUACUGGAAAGACCAAUCAAAGGCUAGAGGUCAUUAGGAAUGGACCAUUCAGGAGAAACCAAGAUGGCGGCAUAGGUAAACACCGAAAAUUGCUGCCUCGUACAACCACUUCAAAAAUACAACUAAAAGACAAAACGGACAUCAUCCA